AUACUUGGCCACAUGUCACGUCACUUUCACUUUCAUACUUUCUUUCAUAUCCUGUAGUGAUAAAAUGUUUCCUGCAUUUGGAUUUGGCGCCCAGAUUCCACCUUCAUGGCAGGUGUCUCAUGAGUUUCCUCUCAACUUCAAUCCCAAAAAUCCAUUCUGUGCUGGUGUGGAGGGUGUGGUGGAGGCCUACAGGAUGUGCCUUCCUCAGGUCAAACUUUACGGGCCUACGAACUUCGCUCCCAUUAUUAACCACAUGGCUCAUUUCGCACAGCAGGCUUUACAGCAGAACACCGCGUCGCAAUACUUUGUCCUGCUGAUCAUCACGGACGGAGUGAUCACGGACAUGGACCAGACACGUGGAGCCAUAGUUGCCGCCUCCCGCUUGCCCAUGUCAAUCAUCAUUGUGGGCGUAGGCAAAGCCGACUUCACAGAUAUGGAGAUUCUGGACGGAGAUGACGGGCGACUGAGGUCUAUCACUGGAGAACCGGCCGUACGUGACAUUGUGCAGUUUGUGCCCUUCAGAAAGUUCCAGAACGUGAGUGAAAAACCAGUCUGAGGAGUU